AUGGUUAUCGUGACCGGAAACCCAAAGCAAGAUAAAUCGUCCAAUCAGGUUACACUUGGCCCGGUCGGUAAAUUAAGGAUAACAAGGCAUGCUAACUGCAGCAGCCCAUUUCGUUAUGAACAAGCCUCAAAUAACGAAGAAGAUACCAUAUGCAAAGAAUUUAACUUCAUGCUAAUUAACAGAAUUUCUCAAACGCCUGAUUCAACUAGUAGCAGUCCAGCCUCUACUGCUGAAAGCGACUGGGAUUCUACAAAAGCUUGUGCAUCCGCAAGCUUCCUAAGCGAUGAAGACAGUGAUGACGAAGAUGUCCACUACCUAUUCAAUAGUUUUAACAAUAAUCCCAUUAACAGUGGUUCUGAGACAGAUGACGAUUUAAACCUUUUAACAUUUCAUCAUUUUCAAAACUAUGAAAGUUUUUCAGCAGAUUAUGAAUAUGAUGACUAG